AUGGAUAAUGAUAAUCACCUGAUAGAAUCUCUGCUGAAGAAGUUUGAUGACCCAAGCCAACAAAUUCUUCCUCGAGUAUCAGUGGAGACUUUUAUUUUUGGAGAGUAUUAUAUGAAAAAUGAUGCCCUCGAAGGAAACCCAUGAAUGAAAAAUCUUCCAUCCCAUUAUCCUAUUAUAAAGCAAAAUAAAAAGGUCAGGACCAGCAAAAUAUUACUAUUUACUGCAUUAGCUCUUACUGCUGCUCUUUCAGCCCCACUUGCUUUCUUUAUCGAUGCUACAAGCCAAGAAUUGCUCAUAUUAAGACUUUAUCUUUUAUCUUUAGCUGAAAGUCAUUUUGCAAGCGUUUUAAUAUGAGUAAGCUAUUCUCUUAUCCUUGCUUUAAUUGCUGCUUCAUUUGGAGAUUGACUUUGCCAAGCAGCUGAAGGAGCAGGAUUUGCAGAACUACGAGUAAUUCUUACUGGUAUCGAAAUUCCAAACUUUUUUGGGUGAAAAACCCUUUUAGCCAAAACUUUUGGGCUUAUUUGUGCAAUAGGUGCAGGAUUGAGUAUAGGAAAAGAAGGCCCAAAUGUCCAUAUGGCUUCAAUUAUAGCUGAACGUGUUAUAAGUUUAGGACCCUUUAAGAGAUUUAAGAAGGAAAUAAAUUUAAGAUAUAUUGUACUCACAGCUUCAAUUGCAGCUGGAACUGCAGCAACUUUUGGAACACCUUUAGGUGGAGCGAUAUUUGGUAUCGAGCUGACAGGGACUUAUUUCUUUGUAAAUAAUUUUUAUAAAAGCAUUUUUUGCAGUCUGAUAACAGCUUAUUUGUUCAAAAUUCUGCAAAGCUUUAAAAUAGUCCCACAAAUUGGAAAAGUUUCUUAUGAUCAUCAUGCGCUAUGUGGGGAUUUUUAUCUUCAUAUUAUUACUGGCUUAUUCACUGCAAUUAUAGGAGUAACUUUUGUGAAAGCUGUUCAAAAAUUGACUAAAUUCAAAAACAAAAGGGUAAUUCCUUGGCUAUAUCAUAGAUAUAGAUAUAGCGAUGACCCCCCUCAAUCUUCAUGUCUAUUGCAACAAAAAUGCAAUUUUUUUAAUAUAAAAUUUUAUAUAAAAAAAUUGGAGAACUUUUUGGGACGGCAAAAAAUACUGCAAGGCUCUGCAAAAAACUGCAAGGCCAGUAAAAAAAUGGCAAAGCCAAGCAAAAAAAUGCAAAACUUGCAAAAUUUUUGCAAGUUUUGCAAAAACAUUGGACAAAAGCAAAAGCAAUUUAAAAAAAAAGCAAAGCCAUGCAAAAAUUAAAAAAAAAUGAAAAAUUUCGCAAAGCAGGCAAAACUUUUGCAGGGUGGGCAAAAAAGUUGCAAAAAUUGGCAAAAAUCACGAUUAGAAAAUUUAACAGUAAAAUUUAAUAAAUUUAUUGGAAGUGUAGUACAAUGUUAAAUUAUUUAAACAACAUAUAAUAUAGAAAAAAUAGAAAUUAAUUUCGUGAAACAAAUGCUAAAGUCUAAUACAAAUAUCUUUUAAAGAAUUUUCCAAAAACAUAACUUAAGAAUUUUAAAAAUUUGGAAAAUUUAAUUUUGGCAAAACACUUUGUUGUAUUUCAUUUUAAAAUUUUGCCAAAAUUAAAUUUUCCAAAUUUUGAAAAUUUUUAAGUCAUGCUUUUAGAAAAAAUUCUUUAAAAGAUAUUUGUAUUAAACUUUAGCAUUUAUUUCACGAAAUUAAUUUCUAUUUUUUCUAUAUUAUAUGUUGUUUUAAAUAAUUUAACAUUGUACUACACUUCCAAUAAAAUUAUUAAAUUUUACUGUUAAAUUUUCUAAUCGUGAUUUUUGCCAAUUUUUGCAACUUUUUUGCCACCCUGCAAAAGUUUUGCCUGCUUUGCGAAAUUUUUCAUUUUUUUUUAAUUUUUGCAUGGCUUUGCUUUUUUUUUAAAUUGCUUUUGCUUUUGUCCAAUGUUUUUGCAAAACUUGCAAAAAUUUUGCAAGUUUUGCAUUUUUUUGCUUGGCUUUGCCAUUUUUUUACUGGCCUUGCAGUUUUUUGCAGAGCCUUGCAGUAUUUUUGCCGUCCCAAAAAGUUCUCCAAAAAAUUAAUUUUCAUGUCUCUUGCAACAAAUUUUCGAUGUGCAUUUUAAAUUUUUAAUAAAAUGGCGAGCGAUAGAGAAAAAUGUGUUAAUUUUUUUUUAUAAAAAUGUCGUGUUGCAACAGGCAUGAAGAUUUUUUCGAAAAAAUUUUGUUGCAAUAAUCAUGAAGAUUGAGGGGGGGUCAUCGCUACUACAGUAAUUUCUGUAUUUACCUCAUUAACUACAUUUUAUGCAUUUUGGCUUAGGAUGAGUGACGCAAUUCUUAUAAAUUUGAUGUUUAGCUCUGAUAAGCUACCUGAUAGCUGAAUUGGAUCAGAAUUUUUAGGUUUACCAGGACAAUUCCCGAUAUUGAUUCUAGUCGCAUUUUUGAAGAUCAUAUUAUUAACAAUUGAUAUAACAAUUCAAGCUCCAGUUGGGUUUUUUACGCCUUGUGUGUGCGUUGGGGCUAUCUUAGGAAGAAUUUUUGGAGAGUUUUCCUUGUUUUUAGGAUAUUCAACAUCUCCUGGCAUCUAUGCAGCAGUAGGGGCAGCUUCACUUGCAACAUCAACAACUCAUACCCUUUCAGUAGCUCUCAUGAUAUUCGAAAUGAUUGAAGAUAUUCACUUCUUACUCCUCACACCUUUGCGGGCAAGCCAUUGAAAAUAACCUAUGGUAAGCGAGCAACAAUUUUUAAUAGAUUAAAUAUUUGAAAUAUAAUUAAACAUUAGAUAAUAAUGAAAUGUCCUCAUAAUUCAAUAAAAUUUUAAAGAGAUCGCACCCUAAAACAUCAAUUUUAUAGAUAAAAUUGGAAAUUAAAAAAAAAAACUAGUCCUUGGUUCCAAACAGAUUAUUUUGAUCAAUAGUCAAGGUCGUGCAGAGUUAGUGCCAAUGUGCCUAAGCGUAUUUAUUUCUUAUGCUGUCAGCUCAUAUAGCCAUAAAAGCAUUUACGACACCCUUAUUUCAAUAAAAAAUCUCCCUUUUAUUCCAUCAUACAAACACUGGCCAAUCUUCCAUGAUUUUGCAAAAGAUGUGGCGGAUUCUUCAAUACACUGUAUAAAUCGUUACUGCACAAUACGAGACCUUGUAGAUGCAUUUAAUGAUUGCUCUGUAUUUUCUGUUCGCCCUGUAAUCGAUGAUGACUUUUAUUUAAUUGGUGAAAUAAAUGCUACGAAUGUGAAAAAAUAUUUGUCAUACCGCUUUGAAAACGACACAAAUCAUUUGUCAGUUAGAGCUAAAAAGUGUAUAUGAAAUGAGCUAACUCAGACUUCUAAUGGGCCAGAUAAUGAAAUUUCACCUGAUAUGAUAGAAGAAGUUGAAGAAUUUUGGCAAAGCCCAGUAAAUCUGUGAUCAGAAAAAUUAAAAUUCAAUACAUCACCAUUAUUCAUUGCAGAACAAACUCCACUUUAUAAAGUACACUACAUCUUUAUGAUGCUUGGACUUAUGCACAUUUAUGUAGUCAAUCAAGGAAAAUUGACAGGGAUAAUUGCCCAUUCCUGCUUUUCUCAGAAAUCUGGUAACUAUCUUUAA